AUGUCGACCUUCCGUCGGAGCUUCAUGAAGCACUGGUUCGCCGUUGAGGCGACGCCCAUUUACCUUGUCAUUGGUGGUGCUGUUUUCGGUGCCGGCUGGUAUCUCACCCGCCUCGCCCGUGGCCCCUCCAUUGUCUGGACGAAGGAGAACCCGACCCCCUGGAACGACGUCAAGCCCAACGAAACCACCAAGCUCCUCACCGUGAACCAGCACUUCGACAAGAGCUGGGACCGCAAGAAGCUUUAA